AUGGAUCAUAUUGAGAGGCUUGCUAUGCUUCUUUGGGGAGUUUGGGGAGCUCGUAAUGCUUUGGUUUGGAAUAAUAAGGCUUUGUCGGUAGAGAGAGUGGUGAAUGCUGCAAUUACUUACCUUGAUUCUUGGAAGAAUGCUCAGCUGGAAAGUAGAGUUGUGUUGCCAAUUUCUGGUCUGAAUACUUCCAGGUGUGAGCAAUGGGCUAAACCUUGUUUUGGUGAGAUUAAGGUUAAUUGUGAUGAUGCUGUCUUUGAGGAUGACAAUAGUCUGGGUUUGGGGUGGAUUGUUCGGGAUCAUAAUGGUUUAUUCAUUGAUGCGCUGGCGGUUAAAACAUAUGGUCAACCUGACCCGUUCUUGGCUGAAGCUAUGGCAUUGAAGGAGGCGCUAUCAGUUGGGUGA